AUGACAGAAGGGCAGCUCUCUAAUGCAGAUUUCAGUGUCACUGUUGGAAAAGUUGAGACAGCAUUUCGUGCUCUUGGCCUGCCUACGGCUAAUAUCCAAGCUGUAAGUAAGCAGAAAAGUUUUCCAACCGAUGAGCUGCACAAUGUGAAGACAAGUAAUCAGAAACUUACUCAAGACCUUCAGACGAAAGUCGCCGAACUUCAAGACAAAGAUACUAAAUUGCAGGAGAAAGAUGUGGCACUUCAGGAAGAAAAAAAUAAGUUACAAGAGAAACAUGCCAAGCUUCAGGAUAAGGAAGUAGAGCUUCAAGAAAAUAAAGAGAGGCUUAAAACUACGGAAGAACAGCGCAAGGUCUUUGAAGAGCAACUACAACGUGAAGUACAACCAUUUUGCGUCCUUCCACCCAGACCUCCCCAUGUGAUUGCAUGUCGAGAUUGUGAUGUUGCUAAAGUAACACAGAGGCUGUUAAAGUUAAGAAAGGCUAGCGAGAACAAUUUAAGUUAUUGUUAUAUUACAGGAAAUCCCGGGAGUGGCAAAUCCCAGCUGGCUGGACUGGUUGCCGAAAAUUUCUACAAAGAAGCACGGAAAGACACGAGUGCUCCGUCAUUUGUUAUGACUUUAAAUGCUGAAAACUUAGAAUCACUUUUAGCAUCAUACUUGUCACUGGCAAGAAAAAUAAGCUGUCCAGCGUAUACUAUAACUGCCACCGAAAACUCAAAAGAUUUAAAUAUUGAAGAGAAGAUAGCCAUUAUCAAAGAUUUGAUUACGACAAAAAUUCACCUUUACUCAUCUUGGUUCUUGGUGAUUGACAAUGUCACAAAUCUGGCUAGAAUGGGUCAGUUUCUUCCUAAGCGUGGAAAUGAGCAUUGGAGCAAAGGCCAGCUGCUAAUCACAACGCAGGAUUGUUCCUGUAUCCCUCCUGAGAGUCCAUUCACAUCCCACCUUUCCAUAAGCAAAGGCAUGAACGACAUUGACGCUGUCGAACUUCUAUUCGAGCUCACUGGAAUCACAGACGAUGGUAUGGGGAAAAAGGUAGCACGCGCUUUGGAUUACCAGCCACUUGCACUAGCCAGCGCAGGAAUCUACGUGAGAAAGGUACGAAAAACCGAUCCAGACUUUGGCUGGGAAGGGUACUUGAAAAAACUGGAAAAAGGGAAACGUGAACGUACUGAAGAAGAACUUACCAAAGUAAACAAUAUCUACCCGGACUCUAUGACAGAAGCGAUUAGGAUAGCCAUUCAAGCGGAAAUUGAUUCUAAUAAAAUAAUGAAGCAUGUUUUCACUUUCCUUGCUUUUUGUGCACCAGAGCCAGUAAGGCUACACCUGUUGACCACUUACGUUGUAAAUGCUGAUGGAGAGUUGGAUCAAGAGGAAAUAGACAUUCAGAUCCAAGGGUCCUCCUUGCUGUUAAUCGAAAAUGAGGAUGAUGUCUUCAUUCGUUUGCAUAAUGUAGUAUACACUAUUGCCAAGAAUUUAGUUAAAGAAGAAAUGCACCAAGCUGAUGAACAUGUCCGAGUUGUUUGUGUUGCGGUGGAGUCAUUUAGUAAGUUUAUAAAAGAAGCAAUACCAAAGAUCCUGCAAAGUGGAGAUUCUGUGUGUGAAAGUAGGCAUAUUGUUCCACACUUGAGAACUCUAACUGCCGAAACUAAAAAUAUUUUCUUUACUACAGAGAAAUUCGGUUUUAUCAAAAUCACUAUUGAAGAAUUAUGUAUAACUGUGUAUGACUUUCUCGCGCUUGGUCGUGUUUGCCAUUCCAAUAGUGAGUACCAAUCAGCAAUGGACUAUUUCAGUGUAGCUUUAAAACUCAGCGAAGACAAAGAGAACAAGACAAUGCCUAAUCACUUAGAAGAAGCGGUAAUAAUCCAGAACAUGGGUAUCCUACACCACGACUUGGGUGACCAUCAACAGGCUAAGGAGUAUUAUGAACGUGUCCUUUCCAUUCAAUUGAAAACGCUUGGACCCGACCAUGUUGACGUCGCGGACACUUACCAUAACAUGGGUAUCCUACAUAACGACUUGUGUGACCAUCAACAGGCUAAGGAGUAUUAUGAACGUGCCCUGUCCAUACAAUUGAAAAAGCUGGGACCCGACCAUGUUGACGUCGCACUUACGUACCAUAACAUGGGUGCCCUUCAUAAAAACUUGGGUGACCAUGAAGAGGCUAAGGAGUAUUAUGAACGUGCCCUGUCCAUACAAUUGAAAAAGCUUGGACCCGACCAUGUUGACGUCGCACUUACCUACCAUAACAUGGGUAUCCUACAUCACCACUUGGGUGACCAUGAACAGGCUAAGGGUUAUUAUGAACGUGCCCUGUCGAUACAAUUGAAAAAGCUUGGACCCGACCAUGUUGACGUCGCACGUACGUACCAUAGCAUGGGUACCCUACAGAAAGACUUGGGUGACCAUCAACAGGCUAAGGAGUAUUAUGAACGUGCCCUGUCCAUACAAUUGAAAAAGCUUGGACCCGACCAUGUUGACGUCGCGUGUACGUACCAUAACAUGGGUGUCCUACAUAAAGUUUUGGGUGACCAUGAACAGGCUAAGGAGUAUUAUGAACGUGCCCUGUCCAUACAAUUGAAAAAGCUUGGACCCGACCAUGUUGACGUCGCACUUACGUACCAUAACAUGGGUAUCCUACAUAAAGACUUGGGUGACCAUCAACAGGCUAAGGAGUAUUAUGAACGUGCCCUGUCGAUACAAUUGAAAAAGCUUGGACCCGACCAUGUUGACGUCGCAAGUACGUACUAUAACAUGGGUAUCCUACAUAAAGACUUGGGUGACCAUCAACAGGCUAAGGAGUAUUAUGAACGUGCCCUGUCCAUACAAUUGAAAAAGCUUGGACCCGACCAUGUUGACGUCGCACGUACGUACCAUAACAUGGGUACGCUACAGAAAGACUUGGGUGACCAUGAACAGGCUAAGGAGUAUUAUGAACGUGUCCUUUCCAUACAAUUGAAAACGCUUGGACCCGACCAUGUUGACGUCGCGGACACUUACCAUAACAUGGGUAACCUACAUAACGACUUGUGUGACCAUCAUCAGGCUAAGGAGUAUUAUGAACGUGCCCUGUCGAUACAAUUGAAAAAGCUUGGACCCGACCAUGUUGACGUCGCACUUACGUACCAUAACAUGGGUGCCCUUCAUAAAAACUUGGGUGACCAUGAAGAGGCUAAGGAGUAUUAUGAACGUGCCCUGUCCAUACAAUUGAAAAAGCUUGGACCCGACCACGUUCACGUCGCACUUACCUACCAUAACAUGGGUAUCCUACAUCACCACUUGGGUGACCAUGAACAGGCUAAGGGUUAUUAUGAACGUGCCCUGUCGAUACAAUUGAAAAAGCUUUAACCCGACCAUGUUGACGUCGCACGUACGUACCAUAGCAUGGGUACCCUACAGAAAGACUUGGGUGACCAUCAACAGGCUAAGGAGUAUUAUGAACGUGCCCUGUCCAUACAAUUGAAAAAGCUUGGACCCGACCAUGUUGACGUCGCGUGUACGUACCAUAACAUGGGUGUCCUACAUAAAGUUUUGGGUGACCAUGAACAGGCUAAGGAGUAUUAUAAACGUGCCCUGUCCAUACAAUUGAAAAAGCUUGGACCCGACCAUGUUGACGUCGCACUUACGUACCAUAACAUAGGUAUCCUACAUAAAGACUUGGGUGACCAUCAACAGGCUAAGGAGUAUUAUGAACGUGCCCUGUCCAUACAAUUGAAAAAGCUUGGACCCGACCAUGUUGACGUCGCACUUACGUACCAUAACAUAGGUAUCCUACAUAAAGACUUGGGUGACCAUCAACAGGCUAAGGAGUAUUAUGAACGUGCCCUGUCCAUACGCCUGAAAAAGCUUGGACCCGAACAUGUUGACGUCGCACUUACGUACCAUAACAUGGGUACCCUACAUAAAGACUUGGCUGACCAUGAAGAGGCUAAGGAGUAUUAUGAACGUGCCCUGUCCAUACAAUUGAAAAAGCUUGGACCCGUCCAUGUUGACGUCGCACUUACGUAUCAUAACAUGGGUAUCCUACAUCACCACUUGGGUGACCAUGAACAGGCUAAGGGGUAUUAUGAACGUGCCCUGUCCACACAAUUGAAAAAGCGUGGACCCGACCAUCUUGACGUCGCACUUACGUGCCAUAACAUGGGUGCCCUACAUAAAGACUUGGGUGACCAUGAACAGGCUAAGGAGUAUUAUGAACGUGCCCUGUCCAUACAAUUGAAAAAGCGUGGACCCGACCAUGUUGACGUCGGACGUACGUACCAUGACAUGGGUACCCUACAGAAAGACUUGGGUGGCCAUGAAGAGGCUAAGGAGUAUUAUGAACGUGCCCUGUCCAUACAAUUGAAAAAGCUUGGACCCGACCAUGUUGACGUCGCUCGUACGUACCAUAACAUGGGUAUCCUACAUCACCACUUGGGUGACCAUGAACAGGCUAAGGGGUAUUAUGAACGUGCCCUGUCCAUACGAUUGAAAAAUCUUGGACCCGACCAUGUUGACGUCGCACGUACGUACCAUAACAUGGGUACCCUUCAUGAAGACUUGGGUGACCAUGAAGAGGCUAAGGAGUAUUAUGAACGUGCCCUGUCCAUACAAUUGAAAAAGCUUUAA